GGCCCCGCCUCCCAGUAAAGAGAGACCAGCGCUGCGGUUCCGGGAACCGGGUGGCGGCGGCCAGCACCCGCAGCAGCGGGCACCGGGCACCUGUCGGAGAGUCUCGGACUUGAGGCCGGAGGCUCCACUCCCUGCGAGCCCAGAUGCCGCUCCAGCCUUCAAGCAAAGACACAGAAGAGAUGGAAGCAGAGGGUGAUUCAGCUGCCGAGAUGAACGGAGAGGAGGAAGAGAGUGAGGAGGAACGAAGUGGCAGCCAGACCGAGUCCGAGGAGGAGAGCUCAGAGAUGGACGAUGAGGACUAUGAGCGGCGCCGCAGCGAGUGCGUCAAUGAGAUGCUGGACCUGGAGAAGCAGUUCUCGGAGCUAAAGGAGAAGUUGUUCAGGGAACGACUGAGUCAGCUGCAGGUGCGGCUGGAGGAAGUGGGGGCUGAGAGAGCGCCCGAAUACACAGAGCCCCUGGGGGGGCUGCAGAGGAGCCUCAAGAUUCGCAUUCAGGUGGCAGGGAUCUACAAGGGCUUCUGUCUGGACGUGAUCAGGAAUAAGUAUGAGUGUGAGCUGCAGGGAGCUAAGCAGCACCUGGAGAGUGAGAAGCUGCUGCUCUAUGACACGCUGCAGGGGGAGCUGCAGGAGCGGAUCCAGAGGCUGGAGGAGGACCGCCAGAGCCUGGACAUCAGCUCGGAGUGGUGGGAUGACAAACUGCACACCAGAGGCAGCUCGAGGACCUGGGACUCCCUGCCGCCCAGCAAGAGGAAGAAGGCACCCCUCGUUUCUGGCCCUUACAUCGUGUACAUGCUGCAGGAGAUCGACAUCCUGGAGGACUGGACAGCUAUCAAAAAGGCUAGGGCGGCUGUGUCCCCUCAGAAGAGAAAAUCGGAUGUGAUGUUUCCCUUCCCACAUCCCCCAGGACCCUGACCCUGUGACUCAGAGCCAGAGGGGCCCCUCGGAGCAACAGGCACCAAAACCCGGAUUGACGUUUUCCUACUGCAGCCAGGCAGGUGGACAAGCCCUCGGGGUCUUUCCAGCCGGCUCUCCAGUGCUGCUCUGCGCACUCCCCUCAGCCCUCACUGGUCUGGACUCCUGCUCCUGCUCCGGGCUUGUACAGCUGUGGCCCAAGCUGUCCUAGCCGGGCAAGACUGAGUCCCUCAUCCCCAACAGCCCCUCCCUGCCCCUGCCGUCGGCCCCUAGGUCCCUCCCUGACAAAGAAGACCUGCCUCGUCUUAAGCCAAAGCACAUCCUUCCUGCUGGCCUUGGACCUGGAUCCCCACUCACUGAGCCAGCGUGUUGGCCCACUUCGUGGGAACUCUGAACCAGAAGUUCUGUUGGGGGAGGGGGGCUGUCCUGGCUCUUGCCGUGCUGAGAAGGCGGGCUCCCCAGGUCUUCUCCAGGCAGUCCUUGGUGCCUGCCUCCCACACUGCGGGGACGGGAAUUAAAGCAUUUCCUGGGUC